AGUCCUGUAACCAAACCUACGCCCUUAACAGUCGGUUCCUCGCACUUCGCCUCGCGCUGGGCCCUAACGAGCAUUUAAGAACAAGUGAAUUACGUCUUCCUGUCUCGAGUCCAGCACUACAGAUGUGCAGCUGUUGUGACGUCUCACUCUGUGAUUGGCUGACAGCAGAGGAGGGCGGUGACGGAGCGCGCUUCACUGUCUUUGCCGGCCUGUAGGAAAACGUAGAUCGCCUCCCCCGCACCGGCAGCAGCGGCAUCAAGUGCGCGCUUUUACCCGAUAAUUCGACUCUAACGGCCUCCUGUCAGUGGGAAAAACAGCCGACAUGUCUUUUCUCGGCGUCAUCGGCAAACAACUGAAGAGCCAUCCCGCUCUGAUCCCCCUCUUCAUCUUCAUCGGUGGUGGGGUGACCAUGAGCGCCGCCUACUUGGCUCGACUGGCUCUGAAAAAUCCAGACGUAUCAUGGGAUCGCAAGAACAACCCUGAGCCCUGGAACAAACUGGAGCCCACUCAGCAGUACAAACUGUUCGCAGUGAACAUGGACUACUCCAAGCUGAAGAAGGACAGGCCUGAUUUCUAAGUGGCUGUGUCUCUGACAUUGUCAGCAGUGUGAAGAGCCUUUUGCACCUUUGAAUAUAUAUUUGAAAUGAAAUGAGUGAAAGUGACGCCGCACACCCAGUGAGAGUAUCAUUCAGGCAGGGGAUCGAUGGCUGACUGAAUAAAGCAGGCAACCACCUGUUUUACUAAUUUAUGAAUUUAUUUUUUGACUAUGUUGUAAAUCAUUAAAACUGUUUCAAUCACA